GAGAUCAAAACCAGAAAAUCGCUACAAAACUAGCAAAACUAGAAACUAGCAACAAAAAACUAACUACGACAGGUUUCAAUACAAUACUAAUUGAUAGACAACGAGAAACAGGAGAGAGACAUGGCAGAUAUGACAGGAAAGAAGUACAUAUAAGGAGGGGGAGGCGGAGACACAAAAUUGAACAGGGGUGAAACAAAUGACAGGGAAUGAAUGGGGAGACAGACAGAAAGCACAGAGGUUAACAAAAGGUGAAAACGCUGGGGACAUAAAGCAUAACAGAAAAUUACAGAACCUGACAGUAACAAAAUUUCAAUAGUCAAAACAUACUUGUGCCUGUAGCCUAUUUAUGCUGACUUGAAAUAGGACUUGAUUAACUGAGAAAUGCAAUGUAGGCUAUAAUUCGCAACCUGACCUUUUCUUGUGAUUAUGAUUCAUAGAUGAUUGACAAGUAAGAAAGGGGAUUGUAUGUUAUCGCACUGUUAUCUAUUAAAUCAGGGUUAAUAUUUAACUGAGACGAAUAAACUAUAGGACAAAGUGGGAAGGCGCCUACGAAGGUAUACGGUACCAUAAAAUCACAGGUCUUAUUCAUGCACAGUGCAGUCGUCACCAGGUACGGGGUGUCACCACAGCGUUUUCUAUAGCCGACGGUGUCAAUCGCAGAAGAAUUGGAGAGGAGCCGCCAUGAACAGUUUAUCAUUAGUCUUCUGGUUAGUAGGCAUAUGCUUGCUUUUCUCCUGCAAAACAUCUGCGGACACUAAAGGACCGCUGGUGACCCUCCAAUCUGGGAGUUUAAGGGGAAAGUAUGUGAAGGUGAAGGGUGUGCAGACUGUGGUGCACACCUAUUUGAGUGUGCCUUUUGCACAGCCACCGAUUGGGCCUCUAAGGCUGGCCCCUCCACUGCCCGAAGAGCCAUGGGAGGGAGAGCGGGAUGCUACACAGAAGCCACUCAUGUGUCUACAAAACAGACAAUUUGUGCUGGACCUACUUGAAAAGAUUUCAUUGCAUAUGGAUGUCCCUGCUGUUUCAGAAGACUGUCUCUACCUGGACAUAUAUACACCUGCAACCCCAAAGUCAGAGUCUAAAUUACCUGUCAUGGUGUGGAUCCAUGGCGGCGGCUUUGUGAUGGGGUCAUCAUCACUCCAGGAUGCAUCCGUACUAGCAGCCUAUCAAGAUGUGGUGGUUGUGGUGAUUCAGUACCGGUUAGGAAUUCUGGGGUUCUUCAGUAUGGUUCCUUUCCUACCCAGCACUGGGGAUGAGCAUGCCCCUGGGAACUUUGGACUUCUGGACCAGGUGGCUGCACUGCGUUGGGUGCAGAAAAAUAUCGAGAGAUUUGGGGGAGAUCCGGGAUCAGUCACCAUCUUCGGGGAGUCCGCCGGUGGAGUUAGCGUGUCGUUGCAAGCCCUUUCUCCCUUAUCCUCUGGACUGUUCCAUCGAGCGAUUGCACAGAGUGGAACCGCAAAAAUGAAUAGUAUUUUAAUUCCCGACCAAUUUCCUACUGCCCAGAUAUUGGGUAACAUGUCAGGCUGUGACAUUACCAGUUCCAAGACGAUUGUGGACUGCAUGAAGCAACUGACUGAGGAGGAAAUUCUGAAGACAGUUGUAGAGGCACAAAAUAUUGUGUUUUUGGUGUCAAAAGAUGGACAGUUCCUCCCAAAGAUGAUAGAGGACGCCUUCCAGGAUCAUGAGGUCCAUAAGGUUCCAUUUAUGACUGGUGUGACAAACCAAGAAUGCGGCUGGCUGCUGCCCAGUUUCCUGGCGCCACCUGGUUGGGAGGAAGGAAUGGACCGGGACCAGGUCCUGUCCUCCAUGUCAUUUUCAUACCGCAAGCCAGAAGAUCAGAGCAGAAUGGAACUGAUUGCUGAUGAAUACCUAGGAACUUCGGAAGAUCGGCUGGCAAAUCGGGACAGUGCCUUGGAGAUGAUGGGAGACAUUAUGUUCACUAUUCCUGCCAUCCAAACAGCCAAUUCCCACAGAGACACAGGAGCUUCUGUCUACCUGUAUGAGAUGCAGGACGCUCCAAGCAUGUUGCAGAAGACCAGGCCCAGCUUUGUCAAAAUGGACCAUGGGGAUGACCUCAUUUUUGUAUUUGGCCUUUGCUUCAUGGACCUAAAUGUCACAGGCAAUUGCACAGAGGAAGAGGAGGAGCUGUCCAGGACCGUGAUGGCAUACUGGGCCAACUUCGCUCGCACUGGGUCCCCUAACGGAGUGGGGUUGGUUCAUUGGCCACAGUAUGGCCCAGAGGAGGAGUUCCUGGCUCUAGGACUGAAACAGCAGACAGGCAAGCAUCUGAAGAGGGGCCGGUAUGUUUUCCUGACCCAGACAUUACCGGAGAAGAUGCGUGCACAGGAGAAACACAGCGAGCUUUAGACUACGGAUCAUUAAAUCUGGCCCUCGAAUCCAAAUCCAGCGCUGGUUUUCUUUUCUCCCAGGUAAAUAACUUGACAGGUACUGCUACUGAUUGGCCAGAGUGUCUUCACACCUGACUCCCAAGUAAAAGCAGGGUGGAAAACCAGCAGUUCUUGGCCCUCGGGGACUGCGAUUGGUUGAUACGUGCUGUAGUGAGUGCUGCUUCAAGAACCUCAAACUGCACUCGGUCUCAGAUAUUUUAAUAGGUUCUGCUGAUCCUAACCUUUCUGUGUGUGCGUACUUGUGUGUCUGUGGGUGUCUGUGUGUUGUUUAGUCAUGGCUAUCGGACAGAUUACUGGAAUUAAACAUGAAAUUGGCAAGAUCAUUUGUCAAACAUUCUCCAUUAUGUAGAAAUACUAAUCUACUCUUAAUAUUUUCAGAAUGAAACAAAAAGAAGUGUUUUGGAUAUUGAAUUGAUUAGUGAACCAAUAGACAUGUGAAAAUGUUUUAAAGCAUGAAAUCUGGACAGAGAAAAUAUUUUGGCUGAAAUUAGAUUAAAUUGUCUUAAUAUGUGUAGGAGUAAAAUGAACAAAAAUGAUGUAUAUCUAAUGAAGAUCAGCAUCAUAAUAUUUGUUUGGAAGAUAACAGUAAAAUUAUGCUUCUGCAAUAAAAAUGGCCAUUAUUAUA